CCUCUCUAACGACCCACCAUCUGCUCCUGUCAACCUCCUUCCGGCGCCUUCCCAUCGAACCGCGGCGGUCGCAUUGACGAACUCUUAACCCGCGACGACCCCCCAGCCUUUCGCACCAAAGACUUGACGAGCUUUUACGCGCGGCAAGGCUCGACUCCACCUUGACAUCACCGGACACGUUCCGUCGCGUCAGAUACGGCCUCCAACCUCACCUUUCCAUCCAGUGCCGCAGCAGCCGAAAACCAUCAACAUGUCUCACGAGGAGGACCUGAUCGAUUACUCCGAUGAGGAGCUCCAGCAAACCGAAGCCGUCGCGACGGGUGCGCCUGGCGCCGCCGCCAACGGCGAGCAGAAGAAGGGCGAGCUGACUGUCACCGGCGGCAGCGGUGAGAAGAAGGGUAGCUAUGUCGGCAUCCACUCGACCGGUUUCCGCGAUUUCCUCCUGAAGCCGGAGCUUCUGCGUGCCAUUACCGACUGCGGUUUCGAACAUCCAUCAGAGGUCCAGCAAGUCACCAUUCCUCAGGCCCUUGUCGGUUCCGAUGUGCUUUGCCAGGCCAAGUCCGGUCUCGGUAAGACGGCUGUGUUCGUCCUCGCCACUCUUCAGCAGAUUGAGCCUAUUGCCGGCGAGACCGCCGUUCUGGUCAUGUGCCACACGCGUGAACUGGCCUACCAGAUCAAGAACGAGUACGCUCGUUUCAGCAAGUACAUGCCGGAGGUGAAGACCUCCGUGUUCUACGGUGGUACUCCUAUGCAGAAGGAUAUGGAGGUCCUCGCCAACAAGGACACUCACCCUCACAUCAUCGUCGGUACCCCAGGUAGGCUGAACGCCCUGGUUCGCGAGAAGAAGCUGCGCCUUGGCAACGUCAAGAUCUUCGUUCUCGACGAGUGUGACAAGAUGCUCGACCAGAUCGACAUGCGCCGCGAUGUUCAGGAAAUUUUCCGCGCUACGCCCACCCAGAAGCAGGUUAUGAUGUUCAGCGCCACCCUUUCUAAGGAAACGCGCCCCAUCUGCAAGAAGUUCAUGAAGAACCCGCUCGAGUGCUAUGUCGACGAUGAGUCGAAGCUCACCCUUCAUGGUCUUCAGCAAUACUUCGUGAAGCUGGCCGAGUCGGAGAAGAACCGCAAGCUGAACGACCUGCUUGACACUCUGGAGUUUAACCAGGUCAUCAUUUUCGUCAAGAGCACCCAGCGUGCAACUGAGCUCGACAAGCUUCUGCGAGAGUGCAAUUUCCCCUCGAUUGCUGUUCACUCUGGUGUCAGCCAGGAGGAAAGAAUUAAACGCUACAAGGAAUUCAAAGAAUUCAACAAGCGUAUCUGCGUUGCCACCGACGUCUUCGGUCGCGGUAUCGAUAUUGAGCGCAUCAACCUGGCCAUCAACUACGAUCUUCCUGGUGAUCCCGAUUCCUACUUGCACCGUGUCGGCCGUGCUGGUCGUUUCGGUACCAAGGGUCUCUCCAUCUCGUUUGUCAGCAGCGAAGCGGACGAUGAGGUUCUUCACACAAUUGAGAAGCGUUUCGAGGUUCCCCUUCCGGAAUUCCCGGAGGGUGGCAUCGACGCUAGCACCUACAUGGCCCAGUAAGCGGCAGAGCGCGGGAUGCGUGGCGGUUCUAUGUGUUUUGGUAGCUUGGACGAUGGCCGACACAGCAGCAGCCUCUCGAUGCUAUCGGAUGAUUGCCAAAGCAAGCCAUCUACUACCGGUCAAAAGCUUUGGGCGUAGGGACUUUUGUAAUGGUUGCUUGUUUUUUCUUUUCGCCUUGCUGUACUCUACUCGAUGAAAAUGCGAAAUCAAUGGGAACGAAC